AGCUCAAGAUGGCAAGAGGCAGCAGCCAAAGAGGCAGCCAUGGCGCCAGGAGGUCUUCCCGACAUUUCUGGCAUGACCUCUCUCAAGGUGGAUGUGACCGGGGCCAUUCCAGAGAACUGGAACGCAGAAAAGCUGCGCCGGGAGUUUGAGAGAUUUGGUGACAUUGGCGAUGUCUUCGUGCCGAGGGAGAGAUAUUCCGAUAGGCCUCGACCCUUCGCCUUCGUUCGGUUUGUUGACGAGAGAGAGGCCACAGAGGCCAUCAAGGAGAUGAACGGCACGAAGUUUGAGGGGAGCACCCUCACCGUCUCCAAAGCCAACCGAAGCAGAGAGGAGGCCCGGGCUGAAACGGACGACAAACGGACGUCGCCUGGUAGGUCACGGCGCAAGUCGCGGUCCAGGUCACGGCGGCGCUCACGCCGACGGCGAUCGUCCCGCUCAUCGAGGCAGCGGUGUGGCUCAAGUGACAGCAGAAGAAGAAGGAGAAGAAGGCGUCGAAGCAGUAGUAGCCGAAGCAGCCGUAGCAGCCGGUAGCAAGGGAAUGCACCUGCGAAAUGUAGUGACUUUGCAUUAUGAGAAAGCUGGG